AUGUUGCCUUACUCGAACCCCGAGACCACGGCUCACCCGUCGCCCACUCAAGCUUCUUGUGAAAAGCUCCCUGAUAGAUUUCCUUUGUCCGGAAUAUCCGUUCUGAUUGCCGGUGGGGGUGUCGCUGGCCUACUGGCAGCUCUAGAAUGCUGGCGCAAAGGCCAUAACGUGCGAAUUGUCGAAAGAAGUCCAUCCCGACUGUUAUCAGGUGAUGGCUUUACUAUUGGCCCAAGUGGACUCCUGGUCCUCGAGAAAUGGCCAGAAAUGUCAAAGGAGAACGAACGCAUCUCUUACGAGUCUUGGCUCUCGUGGCAUAAAAUCACCGGAGAAAUGAUUAAAGAGGCUGUGCCUUUUCAAUUGAACCCAUCCAAGGCUCAUAACAGCGAAAGCUCUAGCAACAAGGAAACCCCCACAGUAUACAGACACAGCCGUCCAAAGAUGCAUCAGAUGCUAUCCGAUCAACUCGCCCGUGUCGGAAUUGCGGUGGAAUAUGGAAAGCGGGUUGUCGAUUAUCACGAGGAUAGUUUCUCUGGCAAAGCUGGGGUUAUUCUGGACAGCGGUGAGAAGCUUGAGGCCGAUGUGGUUGUCGCCGCCGACGGUGUUGGUAGCAAAUCGUCUCGUGUAGUACUAGGCCAGGAGGUCCGAGCACGUCCAACGGGGUUUUCCAUUUACAGAGCCGCAUAUCCACUUGAUGAGACUCGUACAUAUCCUAUGCUCGACGAAAAGUUCCCCCUCAUGGAGAACGGAAUUGCAUCUGCGCAGCUAUGGAUGGGGAUGUACAUUGAUAUCGACCUCAAGAACCAUGGACAUAGCGCCGAGUCUUGGUCUAAUUUAGUUGAUCCAGAUACCGUUCUCCAGACAACGGCUACUAUCGAAGGGUGGCCCGAUUAUGCUAAUCGCCUAAUCAAAGAAACACCAAAAGAUCGAAUCCAUGACUACAAACUCGUGUGGCGCGAGCCCCAGCCUUCCUGGGCAUCGCCGGGCGGACGGGUAAUCCAAAUCGGGGAUGCAGCACAUACUUUUUUCCCUUCGUCUGGCAAUGGUGCCACGCAAGGAAUGGAGGAUGCGGUCUCAUUGGCAGCAUGCUUGCAGUUAGGAGGCAAAGAUAAUGUUCAAUGGGCGACUCGUGUUCACAGCAAGCUCAGGGUCGAACGUGUUCACUGCCUCCAACUUCUAGGUGUUCUGAAUCAUGAAGUGCGUCAUCUCUCUGCCAACGCUCAAUCUUCGCAAGCGAAGCCUGUGGGAUUACUCGGCGCAUGGAUCUGGAAUCAUAACCCAGAACAGUAUGCGAUCGACAAUUAUGACAACGCGCUGGCAUUUCUGACUGAUGCGCGCGCAUUUUCAAAUACAAACAUUCCUCCUGGCUAUGAGUAUCAGCCCUGGACCAUUGAUGGUAUAUUGGAAGCUCGAAAGAUGGGCAAGGAGAUUGUCCUAGAAGGGGACUGGGAGUAA